AUGUCGUUCCGCAGUGAUGAUUCGCGCCGGUACGGCCAUGUGCCGCCGGCGCAGUAUCCCGUCGCCACCCCGCCGCAAGAGCCAGUCGGGUAUCCCGCGCGGCGGCAGAGCUUCAACAACGGCGACGAUGCCAGUUUCUUCGACCCGCCCAAUGCCAACCGGGCCCAGCCGCUCUACACGGGCAGCACCGGGAGGGCUGACGAGGAACUGUUCAUCGCCAGCCCAAGCGCCGAGAGGCAGCCGGCGGCGAACCGGGCAAGCUAUAUCCCCCAGAAUGCAGCUGCCGCUGCCUAUCAACGUCAGUACCAGGUGCAGAUCCCGCCGCCGCCGCCGCCGCCGCCGCCCUCGCACUCGACAUACAAUCCCCAAACGUUCGCUCGCUCGCAGUCGACCUCGCUUCCGUACCACCCCGCCCAGGGAGCAAGAUACACGCCAUCGACGAGCCCGACCUACACGACACCCCCGACGACGACCUACACACCGCAGGCGUACAACCCGGCGGCAUAUGCGAACACCAGCAGUGCUGCUGCUCCUCAGCGGCAUUCCACCGUCGCUGGGUACAAUGGCUACAGCUACGGCCACUACAGCGCCGCUGCCGUUCCUCAUGUCUCGACAGCCUACGCGCCCCCGCCCUCAUCAACGUACGGCGGAUCGCAACCGGCUUCGGCGACAACGCCAUCGUCUGCGCAGCGAUAUGAGCCUGGGCUGCAUAGCCCCCAAUAUGCGCCAUCUGCAGCUCCGUCUGCCGCCUCGCCGCAGUACGAUCAACCGUAUCCGGCCAGUUACGGAGCGCAGCAGUAUUCUGGGUCCUAUGCGACCAACGGUGUCACUGCCGGCCAAAGUCCUACGUAUCCAGCGCCGAGCCCGCAAGCCCCGUAUCCUGCGCACUCUCAGAUACCUGUCGGCCCUAACUACGCGCUCGAGUCGAUAUCUUCGGCGAACCGUGCGUCUCGAUCUGGCUCUCAGUCGUCUGCAGCGCCCUCCCCUCCGAUCCGAACCCAGGCCUCUUCCCAGCUCCAACGGCACCCCACGAAUGCUCCGCUUCCCAGCCGCCCCAUGGACGACCUACCGGAGGAGCCGGAUUGGAGGAUCAAUGGCGACAACGAGUCCGAUUUCCAAGUUACCCAGGAGAGCCUGAUCCAGGACAUCGUCUCGGAUCUGGGCGUGCCCUCUCACACGCAGUGGCCCCAACCCGCGAACGACACUGUAUCAGGCGACGAUCUGAACAAGGCCCAGCGGUACAACUCGACCUCGUCGAGGACGACUGCGGAUACGGGGGUGAAUCGGUAUCCCUCCAACGCCUCCUCCGCAAUGAACCACACCAUUGCCUCGACCAAUACCACGUAUAACUGGGACUCUGACGAGAGCGAUCCUGAGGGCGCGGCGGGCCUACUGGCGAUGCAGGAUGAUAUGGAUGAUCGGAGGUUUGGCGGAUUAACUUUCCCUGCAUACAUGGAACCUCCGGCGGCUGCACAAUCACCGUCGUCCGCUCCGCAACCACCGUCGUCCGCUGCGCAAGCUCCUCCGCCUUCGGAAGAGUACGUCAGUACAGACAGCGACUAUGGCGGAAUGGAUCUUGGCAUGUACGGGGGCGGAUAUGCCGGAAACUUGCAGUACGGGAACGAAGUCGGCUCUCCGCCGCCGACGGCCCCAACCCAGACGACGGCUCCGGUCCAGGAAACUCCUCGGCCGCUGCCGACUCCACAGGGACAGGGAACCGAAUACCCGCCCUUUUCAGAAGUUUCGGUUGACUACGGGGGCACCGGUGGCCUUCUUCCGCCUCAGACGCACCGCUUGAGCUUCGACGAGGGCGAUGAGCAAGUGUCGGUCCAUUCUCGGCAAAGUGGCAGCGAUUCCCCUUCCAAGGAGGACUACCCGUACGAUCAGAUGUUCUGGCACCCGGGCCUCUCAAAUCGUCCCCUGCCUGCUCUUCCUCCCACUCCAGACAGCAACACGCUCCUCUCCGCGCAACCGCCCAACCGGUCCGCCUACCAGCACCACUACUCCCUAAGCGCGGACUCUAGGUUCCCUGGCCCGUCCGAUAGCCACGAGACCUACCCAGGUCAGAGCAUAAGCCAACAGCAUGUUGAGAGGUCCAUAUCUGUCUCGGAACACAGCAAUACGCCGCACGUACAAGCACCUGCCAGGUCCAGGACAGACGCAACCGAGGAGCGCAGGCGAGCGAUGAAGCACAUGUCCCAUCCGCACGCGCAGGCCUACCAGCAGGGCACCUCUACGCCGUACGAGGGCUUCGAUGCCGGAACGCCGUCGCCUUUGGCUGCGUAUGAUAUGAUCACUCUGCCCACCGGAAGGAGGAAGAAAUUCGUGCCUUCAAAGCUUACCGCUGCCGACUUCAAGCGCUGUGCGGAACCAUGGGCUCUCAGCGGCAUCACCGCCUGGGUCCGUGAAAUGGCCGAGGGCGAGCCGGACCUGAAGAGGAAGACGAUUGAAGAAGGCGUUCUCAAGCUCUUCUGCGCCAAGGUCCCGACCAUGAACGUCGCCGACGCCGAACUGCUGAGCGCGAAGGUGGUCGACUCCAUGUUCGCAGCCGGCAUCCUGAUUCCCGAGGAGGAAUGGGUCAAGUUUGGGACAGGGCAGUUGUCGGGUGUGCUGUGGCAGCUUACCGGUUCCGGCUGCUAUGCGCCAAAGCUGCACGAGGACGAGGGCGUCUCGCCCAGGUUGCACGACAAUGGCAUACCCGUGAGAUGCUAUUCGCAUCACUGCGGCAGGACCCUCAAGAAGGUCAAUUUGGACAACAUGAUGUCCGAAGAGGACGUCGUGAUUCUGGACUGGGCGACCUUCCACGGCGUGACGAUGGAGGAGAUCAAGAGCAAGCCCAAAAAGGAGGUCGAGAGGCAGAACGUGCUGCACGAGAUCGUCACGGGCGAGGAAGAAUACAUGGGCCAGCUCGACGUCCUUCGGCUUCUCUAUCGAGACUGGCUGCGGGCCUGGCAACCGCCGAUCAUCGCGGCGAACCGGAUGGACAAGUUCAUCGACGCCGUGUUCGGCAAGGUGGAUGCGGUUCAGCAGAUCAACAAAGAACACCUCCUCGCCCAGCUCAAGUACCGCCAGCAGGAGCAGGGUCCCUGGAUCGUCGGCUUCAGCGACCUGUUCAGGGAGUGGAUUCGGAAGGCCAGGCCGAUCUACAUCGAGUACUGCUCGUCGUAUCCGUACGCGUCCUAUCUCAUUCGCAAAGAGGCCGCCAGAAAUCUGCUUUUCCGCCAAUUCUUGGACGUCGUCCGAGACCACAAGCGCUCCAAGCGUCUUGAAUGGACAACCUUCGUCAAGGCCCCCAUCACCCGGCUCCAAAGAUACGGCCUGCUUCUCGAGACGGUGAAGAAGAACAUGCUGGGCGAAAGCGAGGAGAAGACAAAUCUUGAGAGGGCCCUGGACGAGAUCAAGAAGGUCACGCACGAGUGCGACGAGAAGGUGGCCGAGAUGACCAAGAAGGUUGAGCUGCUUGAGCUCCAGUCCAUGCUGGUGCUCCGGCCUGGCUUCCAGUCUGUCUUGAACCUCGAUCAUCUCGGACGAGAACUGCUCAAGCAGGGCGAUCUCCAGAGGCAAGGCUCCAAGGGAGUGCGCUGGGUCGACACGCACGCCUUACUGUUCGACCACUAUUUCAUCUUGGCGAAGACGGUCCCAUCCAAGGAUGGGAGGAGCGACAAGAAAUACGAUGUCUCCAAAGAGGUAUGUUUUCGUCUGGAUUCCCCGAUUCCCAUGCCGCUACUCUUCAUCGAAAGCAUGAAUGAUGACCCGGUCGCCAAGCAGAAGAGCUUGACGGCUCCGUUGACACGAACUACCGCUGCAACCGGCUCGGGGACGCAGCUCAACAAAGUGACCACCAACAGCAGCGAGCGGCCCGGCCUUGAACACACGGGUACCAGUUCUUCCGUUGGUUCGAUGACCACCGUCUCGCGGCUCACACCAGCAGGUUCCGAGGAUGGCAAGAUCAUCUAUCCGUUCAAGAUCAAGCACCUCGGCCACGAAAUAUACACUCUCUACGCGUCGUCCGCCCAGGAACGUGCGGCGUGGUGCUCCGCCAUCAUCGAAGCCAAGACGCGGCACGCCCGAGCCCUCCACGCGCAGAACGCCGAGCCCUUCCGUCUCCGCGUCCUCUCGGACGGCGCUUUCGCGUAUGACUCGGCGUCGCUGCUCGGAAGGCAGCCCAAUGUGCCGAUCCGGGGCACGCCUCUGGACAGAGCGAUCCGCGAGAUGGAGCAGGUGUACGGGCCGGGGCGCGGCCCGCCGCCGGUGUGCCGAGCUACCGUAAACUGCGCCUGCGCCUUCACGUCGGGUGGCAAGUCGCUCAUCGCCAUCGGGACCGACUAUGGCGUGUACAUUUCCGAGGCGUCAAACCCGCGGGGGUGGACAAGAUCGGUCCAGAUCAGCAAGGUCACGCAGAUCGCCGUCUUGGAAGACUUCGCGAUUUGCCUCCUCAUCGCCGACAGAUCGCUCAUCUCUUACCCGCUCGACGUGAUCGCGCCCGUGUCGAACUUCCCCGCGCCGUCGCACGACAACCCCCGCCGGGCACCGCAGCGCCUGGCCAAGGACGUGGCCUUCUUCGCCACGGCGCGCAUGAAGGACCGCAUGCUGCUCUUCUACAAGCGCAAGGAGGGCAUGCACAACACCUUCAAGGUGCUCGAGCCGGUCUUCCAGAAGGCGACCGAGAAGAAGUCGCGCCUCUUCGGGGGCCGGCGCGGCGGUAGCUCGGGCACGACCGAGUCGUUCCGCGACUUCGACGAGUUCUACAUCCCGACCGAGUGCUACUCGCUCAAUCUGUUCCAGAACUACAUCGCCGUGGCCACGGCCAAGGGCUUCGAGCUGCUCACGCUCGACAAGAAGGUCACGCAGUCGAUCCCGCGCGACCUCGGGCAGCCGGCCACCGCCAACAUCGCGGCGCGCAUCAAGGAGCCGCACCCGCUGGGCAUGUUCAAGCUCAACGACCAGGAGUUCCUGCUGACGUACGGCGACUGCGCCGUCUACGUGGACAAGCACGGCGAGAUCUCGCGCACGCUCAUCAUGGAGUACUCGGGCAAGCAGCGCAAGGCGCGCGCCGCCACCAUGUUCGGCCAGUACCUGCUGCUGUUCAACGACGACUACGUCGAGGUGCGCAACGCCGAGAACGGCCGGCUCCGCCAGAUCAUCGCCGGCCGCGACCUGCGCUGUCUCGACUACGGGUUUAGGGGCCCCACCGGCGGCGUCGCCGGCGCGGGCGGCGGUGCAGGCCUCGCCGGCGUCCACGUCGCCGAUUCCAAGGGCUCCGUCAAGAUCUGCAUGAGCCAUCCCGAGGUGCCCGGCGGGCAGAUCGUGCUGGAGAUGGUGCUUAAUGAUGGGCAUGCCGAGUAA